AUGCAGAAGCUCGACAGUGUUGCUGCUCAGUCCAAGGCUGCGGAACAAGUCGAAGGGGCGAUUGUCAUCAUGCGAGCACAGUCCAAGGCAGCGGAACAAGUCGAAGGUGCAAUUGUGAUCAUGCGAGCACAGGUGGACGUGCUUCAAUCCGAGCUGGCAGCGGCGAAGCAGACGGCCGAGGCUGCAAGCGAGCGGUCCUCCUUCCUGCUGCGCCAGAUGGAAUUGAUUAAGUCCCGCCAGCAGCAGAAGCUGGAUGCUGCUGUUGCCGAGGCGGUUUCGGCUGAGCAGAAGAAGGCUGGUGCUGCUAGUCCUGUUGCUUCUAACGCAGAGGCUAUUAUGGAGGCGGCGGUUGAGAAGCUGCAGAGGCAGCUCGCGGAGGCUCGGGCCGAGGCUGAGGCAGCUUCGGAGAACGUGUCAAAGCUGGAGGGGAGGGUUGGGCAGUUGCAGGCGAAGGAGAAGGAGGCGAAGGUGCUGCUGGGGCGGGCAGAUGAAAAGAUUUCGGACCUGUUUGUGCAGCUGUCGGCUGCCCGGGAAAAGGAGAAGGUGGAGGCGAAGGCUCUCAUGAAGGCUCGGGUGGAGCUUGGGGAACUUUCUGGGAAGGUUACGAAGCUGGAGGUGGAGUUAAAGGAGAAAGAAGCUAUGGUGGGAGGCGUGGGGAUGGGCGUUGGUGCUGCUGCUACUAAGAUGGUGGUUGACUUGUCUAAGGGAGCGAAAGAGCUUCACAGCAGUAGGCUUCAGGAUCAGGUCGCCCGCCUGGGGCCGACUAUGACUGACCAGCAUGCUGCAGCGCAGUAG